UUCAAGCAGAAAUCAAGACAUCAACAUCAUCAAGUUGCUGGGAACAAAAAACGUACCAUGUCUAUUUGUUUGCUGUUGUUGGCUCGAUACAUUAUUUUGUUCAUUCAUCGAGGAUGGUGGUGCUGUUAGGAGUUCGAAAUGUAUACCCAAUAAUAUUCUUCGGUAUAUUUGCAUGUCUUUUCGUUUGCUUGAUUUAGUCAAAUCGUAAACCAAAAUCUUCAAAAUCAAUACCAAUGACUUCAUCAGAUACAUCUGAUCAUUUGUCGACACAGAGUGGUGGCGAUGAUGAUUCUGAAUCUUCAUCGACUCCUUCUUCGCUAUCAGCAACCACACCGGCGUCUGUACUUGACAACACCGGAAAUACCUUUGAUUAUCAACAACAACCGCCAGCGUCAGAACAACAGCCAUCAUAUGAUCUCAUGAACCGACAACAACAAAUGCCACCAUCUCCAUAUUUAGUACAACGUUUUAAUUCGUCUAGUCCAAACGCGGCCCUUUCUAAUCAUCCACAACAACGAACACCUUUUUUUUCCGGACAGCAAACUCACAUUCGAUUACCCACAGCUGUCGUACGCCAGCAACAACAACAACAACAGCAAUCACCUAGAGCGAUGACACCAUUAUCAAGUGGUCCAUUAACACCUCAAACAGCACCACCAUCCUCGAUGAAUGAACAAAAUAAUGUAUCGAGCCAACAACAGCAAACAAAUAGACAUGGUACGUUUUUUGUUCCCAGCAACUUGAUGAUGUUGAUGUCUUGAUUUCUGCUUGAA